UGUUGGGUUCUCAAGUGCGUAUACUUAUAAGCGUGAAGGGUCUUGGCUACAAUUCCGCCAAUCUCUCGUAAUAAUUAAAAAGCGAUCGAAGGCGGGAAACGUUGCUCCGAGUCCGCGGUGAAUGCGCGCGGUGGCGCGCACUGCGCAGUGCGCAGGACGACGCAGCAUCAGCAGUUAUUAUGUUGGUUAUGUUAUAUCUCCCGUGGCGGCAGCAGUACAGCUAACAGCUUACUUUACUCCAGUUUACUCCGCCACUGCUGGACUGUGCUGAACGGAGCCCCACGCUGGGGCUGCUAGCUGAGGACUGACGAAAGAAGAAAGAAAGAGAGAGAGAGAGAGAAAGAAACUGCGCGCGCACGAAAGGGAAGGAAGAGAAAGGAAGAGAGACGGAGGCGGAGUAUAUAGCUGUAGGUCAAACGCAAUCAAACGCAAGUUAGACGGAGACGCAGCGAACCUAGAGAAGAGGUGUAUAUCAGUGUACGUGUGCUGUGAGGGCAGCGCGAGUACCAACCAGCUGGUUGGCAAGGCAAGGGAGGCCAGUCGGCCAGUCGCCAGUGAGACGCAGUGAGACGCGGCAUUUCGCGAGCGCGUGUGUGUUAUUUGUUCGUUCGCGCUCACGUAUCCUAGUGUUCCUAGUGCGGAUUUCUCCACUUGUGUGUGUGUGUAUGUGCGUGUGUGUGUGUGUGUAUGUGCGUGCGUGCCUGCCGUUUACUAUUAUCUCCUUUUCCUCCUUCCUGGUUCCAUCGUCGUCACUGCACGUACAUAACGUACAUUCAUUCAUUCGUUCAUUCGUUCGUCUGAAAGUGUGUAACGUCGUGUCUAUCUGAUCUACUCGCGCCUGGCACCAACCUCGCGUUCUGGGACACGACUCUUGCCCCUAUAAAGCGAACAUCGUCUGCUCUGCCAGCUCCAGCUCCAGCUCCAGCUCCAGCCGCAGCGCAUCUCUCCACCACUAAUCGUUCGUCCCAUUCGCGCGCGCUCCUUCGUACUAUUUUUUCUCUUUCUCUUUCCUCGCCUUUCUAGCGAGUUACCGAGUUCCCCUCCUCCAAUCAGAAGGAGGCAAGAAGAGAGAGGGUGCGCGUCCCGUGUACACGGUGUGCACGGUGUACUCCGUACAUCACAUCUCGCUUCCAUUGUGUGUACCGUUGGUGGUCGGUGGCUGGUGGCUGGUGCGCGCCGUUUAUUCCGUAACGUAAUCUCUCCGUGGCCGUGCGUGUAAACUCGCGCGCGCGCGCGCGCGUGUACAGGUGUGAGUGUGUGUGCGUGUGUGGGUCUGGGCUGGGGGGGGGGUUACGUGCGUGCAACGAGCGAACCAAGAUGGCCGCUGAUUCAGGAAUGGAGACGUGUCCCUCCCCGGAGAUUGCGGACUCCAGAAAGCGGCCGCUCGACUGCGAUGCGGAGAACGGCGCGACCAAGAGAUCACACUACGGAUCAGGUGGAGAUGGAACGUAUCAUCUCAAAGUGUUGGUUCCCGGUGUGGCAGCCGGGGCCAUUAUCGGGAAAGGUGGAGAUACAAUUGCUCAACUUCAAAAGGAUACAGGGGCAAGAGUGAAGAUGUCUAAAUCGCACGAUUUUUAUCCGGGAACUACUGAGAGAGUAUGCCUUAUCACAGGCACCGUAGAUGCUAUUAUGGAGGUCAUGGAGUUCAUCAUGGACAAAAUACGCGAGAAGCCUGAUCUUACUUCGAAAACUACGGUUGAUUUCGACUCUGGUAAAGCCACCGCGGAGAGGGACAAGCAGGUUAAAAUUUUAGUGCCUAAUAGCACUGCAGGGAUGAUAAUAGGAAAAGCUGGGAAUUACAUUAAACAAAUUAAAGAAGAAUCUGGCUCGUACGUUCAAAUCAGUCAGAAGGCUAAGGACUUGUCCCUUCAGGAGCGAUGUAUAACGGUGAUUGGUGAGAAAGAAAAUAAUCAUAGGGCGUUACAUAUGAUCUUAGCGAAAGUGGCAGAUGAUCCGCAAAGCGGUACCUGUCUUAACGUCAGUUAUGCGGACGUAAGUGGUCCUGUUGCCAAUUACAAUCCUACAGGCAGCCCGUAUGCUCAAGCUCCCACAAGUACUCCCACGUAUACAUCUACAGCUGGUCUAAAUACAGUGAGUCUCUUAAAUGGUGCUGGUUUGAGUCUUAAUCUAAAUCUGGGCGCGGCUAUCACCGCUGGCACGGCGCCGGUGACGACGCAGCUAUUGGAACACAUAAAAUUGAAUCUACGUACGACAGGUUUCUCCGAGCCUGCUGCAACGGAGAUACUUGCUGCGAUCGCGACCCUCGCUAAGUACAAUAUCCUCGGGAUGGGGAUCGGGGUGCCGUCGAGUAUGAGCUAUUUGGGUAAUCCGAUGGACAGUACGACAACUGCUAACGGCUCGAACAACAACGGCGGUGUGUUCGGACCGAUCGGAACCGUUCCUGCGCUCGGGUCUACCUCGCCGACUCCGCGCAACACCCUCGAUCGGUACGAGCCGUUUGAUCCAUUCCGACAGAACAACACCGCCGCCAGUGCGAUACACCUGAACAACAAUUCAUUCGGCCUGGGCACUAACCAGUUAUCACUUGUAAGUAAGAGUCCUACACAGGUAGACGCCAACAACAAGGAGACCAAGAAAGUAGACAUAGAAAUUGCAGAGGUUAUAGUGGGAGCUAUUCUGGGACCCGGUGGUCGUGCCCUCAUUGAGAUUCAGCACUUAAGUGGCGCCAACAUACAAAUCUCUAAGAAGGGCAUGUUCGCCCCUGGUACCAGGAACCGCAUAGUGACUAUCACGGGUUAUCCCAAUGCAAUCAACACUGCUCAGUACUUGAUCGAGCAGAGGAUCAGUGAAGAGGAGACAAAACGAGCGCGUCAGAAUGCCAUCGCCAAGAAACAGGAAGGCAAUUGUCGACAAAUAAUAUUUUUAAGAAAACGCGCCGUUAUUAUAUCUAAUCCAUUAUUAAAUGCAUUCCAUUAGUAUCAGAUUUAAUUUAGAAAUUUUCGUUUUUUACCGCGUUUUUCCUCAAUGGGAACUGUGUUGGUGCCCACCGUGUCGUUUCCCCAUCCUCCACUUCCUUUAUUAUAAGGUCUUGUUUACCGCUGACGAGUAAAAUUAAAAGUAAUUAUGAACUUAAUAAUUCCAACUUAACUAAUAAUUUUUGUAAAAUUUUUGAAGUGUGAUUGAAAAAGUCUGACAGUCAUCCAGAUAAUUUUAAUUCAUAACUUUUACUAUACGCAGUUAUAAUUGCGACAUAAAUAAAACAAAAUUUUCUAUAAAAAUCGUUUGUAUUUUGUACGAAGAGUUUUGAAGUAUAAUUAAAAGGAUUCGACAGUCAUUCAGAAUAAUUUAAAUAUUUUUUAAUUAUAUAACUUAUAGUGUUGAGACAUAUCGGAUAAGUUUAUUCGAAUGUAUAGAUUUGCAUAAUAUAUUAUAUAUUUAUGCGCGUAAAAAUCGCAUGCGGUACAAUUUCACUUUGACAUUUUCCGUGUAUAUGACCUUCAACGAUUUAUGUAUAUACGACCUGAUCUUCCCAAAAGAUAAAGAUAGUGGUCGACGAGAUAAAUCGAUGAUGUGGAGUUUGUGACGUUGAUACUUCGAUUACCGAGCUAUAUAUUCGCGCAUGAGCCUCUGUCAAAGUCGAGAAUUGCACUGUAAAGCAAGAAUCCUUGUUAAAGUAACUCAAUAAAGGCAAAUCUCUAUUCCUUUCUUCCAUGAUAAACGUAUGUUAUAUUAUACAAAUAAUACUCUUUAUUGUUUCUAAUCGAUAUCCUUUGUAAAUAUCUAACAAAGUCAUUUUCGAUUCGUAGCGAAACUUGUAUGGGUGACGAAUUUCUUGCGGAAACUCAUCUAUCAUUUAAAUAUGAUGAGGCGAUCAAAGUGUUGUGAUAGGCAUACAUAGCACAUACAAACACACAUAUGAUUUUUUUAUAUUUAAUAUUUGAAUAAACAUUUGUAUCUUGUAUAUAACACAUGCGUACACAAAUAAUGUGCGUAUCUUAUAAAGGAUAAUACGCGAUAAUUAGCUGAUACACAUGUCUUUAUUUUUCUCCUUUUUUUCGUCUUACAUUCCCUUAAGCGUACAAUCUCAAGCGUAUGAGAGAUGUUAUUCUAACUAGUCAGUACAAAAAAGAAAUGAAAGAUUGUAUUUUUUUUACACAACGAAUUGUCUGUAAAUAAAGCAGAAAAAGUAUACUUUUUUGGAAAUGAGAUAUAUUAGCGGUAAAAAGCUCUGGCGAAUGAAUUAUUAUGGUCUACAUGGAACGAUUUUAUUAUCAAUUUUUGAUAAAGAAAGAAACGAAUAAUAUGAAUGUAAACUGAAGAAGUAACAAAUAAAAAAUUAUUUUUGUACGGAUCAUAAUUAA